UAAACAGCCUGCAGCAGAAUAUGUCAGCUUGCAGUGCAAUGGCGAGGACUGUAGCUCCGUUUCUCCUGGUUGUGCUUAUAUUCUUCCCAUGUGCAGGAUGUUGGGAAGCUCCCUGGUUUUGUCAUGGUCGGGAAUGCCCCAUGUACACUGUCGUACAUGAAUAUGAGGGAUUUGAGGAGCGCAUCUACGACACAAGUCAUUGGAUUACAACUGAUAUCGCGAGCACCAACAGAGACGAUGUAAGCGAGGGAUUUUGGAAACUCUAUUAUUUCAAUCAAGGGGAAAACAAAGAGAAGAGGGAAAUUCCUAUGACCAGGCCUGUAGUGGUGUCAGUGAAGGAGGCGGAUUCUAUGGGGGAGAGACAAGUGUCCAUUUCAGUCUUUCAGUCUGACACAAACAUUCCUGAGCCCAACGAUGAGACCAUCAGAAAAAUAGUAAUUCCAGGCAGUACUGUCUAUGUCAGGUCGUUUGGUGGGAUAGCAUCAGAUGCUGAUGCCUUAGACAAUGUGCAGAAACUUAAAGCGGACCUCAAAGCUGCAGGAAAGCAGUUUGAUGAAAACAAGUUUGAUGCAGCUGGUUACGAUGCACCGUGGGACUUGAUCAACAGACACAACGAAGUCUGGAUCCACGCACUCUGAGGACUUGUUAAGAUAGCAUAGCAACUACAUUUUGUUCCUCAUUCUCCCUAUACUAUGUAGCCUCUUUUGCACUAUAUUAAAUGUUUACUUGCAUAUCUGAUGAAGAAAUUUUAAUAUAUAAUUCAUGUUUCAGUUGUAAUCAUAAUAUUCAUGCAUUUUAUAUGCAUAAAUUGUGGAUGCUCUUUGUAGUUGACAUGUUGCUUAACAGCAUUAUUAACUGGUUUUAGGAAUGCGGUGCCACAAUAACAUAAAACUAAUCUACAGUUGAUUCAGAUUACACUGAAAGAAUGUACUAAAACUUUCAAUAUUGAAUAACAAUAUUAGUGCUUUAAAACAUUUGGCUUCUUUCUUCAGAAAAAGUUGUAUAUUAUGUAUUUUAAGACAUUCAGUUAUCUUUGUUUUUCUUCUAAUUCACUCAUUUAUUAAUUAUUUUAUAGUCUGAUAGAGGUAUCAAAUGCAAUGUAAAGAAUGCAUUUAUAAAACUGAGGUAAAAAGAAGAUAAAUGUCCUGACCUAGAA